AUGGGAAAUCAAAUUUCGCGAUGGUCCAAACAAGGAUCAAGAAAGUCAUCAAAAUCAAAGUCAAUUGCUGAGGAGAAACCGUUUUCUAUUGCAAAGAUUGCCCCUGAUCAUGUGGAUGUGGAUCAACAACCAUGGCCAUGCCUACUGAUUUCUCAUGGAACCAAUCAAAAACCAAUCCUUACUUUCUACAACGCAUCCACUGAGCAGUAUCAGUCGAAAUUGGCUCUGGAAUUAGUGAAUAAAACCGUGCUCAAGUCUAAUGGACAAUGGUUGCUUAUCCAGGAUGACAUAAAUGAAAGUGAUUAUUGUAUCUUGAAUGUUGUGACAAUGGAAAAGCUGCAACUCCCACGACUAGAAGAAGACUUAGAAUUAAAUUGUCAUGGUGGUUAUUUCAGCCUAUCCUCGCAAAACCCGACCGCCAGCGAGGGUGAUUGUCAUGCUUAUAUAAUGAAAGGGGCAGAUCAUGUUAACAUGUUUUGGCCGAUUGGCGCGAAGGAAUUCAUCAGGCAAGAAUUGGUAGAGCUAAAACGAGAGGAUAUUAGGCCUAUGACGGCCGCUGUGUUCCAAGGCAAGGUGUAUUACAUGACCGGCCCUGAACUCUCUCUAUAUUGUUCGGAACCCGAAAUCGCGCCCUCGGAUAAAGUUCAUCUCAGGGAGAUCAUAACAGAAGAAAAGAUGAAUACAUUGCUCUUUAACAAGGACCGUUGCUUCUUGCUUGAAUUAUGUGGACAGCUUUUGUACAUUGACCGAGUUGUGAGUGACGUGAGGCAGGCAAUGUUUCAAAUACUUCGAGCAGAUUUAGAGGCAAGUACAUGGGAAAAGGUGAACGAUAUUGGUGAUGAUUAUGCCAUCUUUUAUGAUGAUUUUGGUGCUUUUGCUGCUUGUGUUGCCGGAUGCGGGCUUCGAGGUAACUGCGUUUAUUAUCCAGAAGACGACGGUUCAUUGAACGCUUAUGACUUAGGGAAUGGUGGGGGUUGUUUUAGAUUGUUAUCUCCAUUGCCUUUCACCGAAACAACAUCUGAGCUGCGCUGGCUUCUAAUUUCCAAUAUCAACUCCAAGUAA